CUGCAAAGCCGCGCAGCUCUCACACGCGGCCCAAUCCUGCGUCACCGGCCCAUUCGCUUUGGUUCCAGCUUCGACAUGACUCCAAUUUCGCAAUAGUCAAUUUGCUUCUUUCCGUCCACUUCGCUGCAGCGCCAGCGGCUGCACUACCUGUGCUAAUAGUCCACCUUGAACAGUCCACAGGCGCAAGCCCGCAGCUCUCCACGCCCGGAAAGAGACACCCGCCGCCAUGCCCCAGCUGUUACCCACGAAAGAGCAUUCGCUCUUCCGCGGUCUGAUUAAAAACUAUGAGAACAAGCAAUAUAAGAAGGGCCUCAAAGCCGCAGAGCAGAUCCUGCGCAAGCACCCCAACCAUGGCGAAACGCAGGCCAUGAAGGCCCUCAUCCUCAAUUCCCAGGGCCAAGGUGACGAGGCCUUCGCUCUCGGCAAACUUGCGCUCAAGAACGACAUGAAAUCGCACGUCUGCUGGCACGUCUACGGGCUGCUUUGGCGGUCCGUGAAGAACUACGAGGAGGCUAUCAAGGCAUACAAGUUUGCUCUCAGGAUAGAGCCAGACUCGCAAAACAUCCUCCGCGACCUCGCCAACCUCCAAUGCCAGGUCCGAGACUACGAAGGGUACAUCGAGAGCAGGCGGACCAUACUGAAUGCGCGGCCGCAGAUAAGGCAGAAUUGGACGGGCCUAGCCAUAGCGUAUCAUCUUUCUGGUGACUACGCACAAGCUGAGCGCGUUCUCACAACGUACGAGGAGUCGCUGAAGACCCCUCCUUCGAAGACCGACCUGGAGCAUUCAGAAGCCGUGAUCUACAAGAACACGAUAAUAGCGGAAUCAGGAGACGUUGAGAGGGCGUUGAAACAUCUGGAUGGGAUAAUAAAACACAACCUCGACCGGACUGCCGUCAUGGAGCUCAAUGCCAAAUACCUGCUGCAGCUGGGAAGGAAAGAAGAGGCGGAGAAGGCAUACCGAGCUCUGCUUGACCGAAAUAGCGAGUACAGGGCAUACUAUGAGGGGCUGGAGCAGGCUCUUGGCCUAGACAGGUCCGAUGACGCAUCCAUAGAGAAGCUUUCCACCCUCUACGAGUUCUACGCUAGCAAGAGCGAGAGGAACGACGCUGCAAGGCGAAUACCGUUGGAUUUCCUGAAAGGCGACGCGUUCAGGAGCGUGGCAGACCAGUAUUUGCGGAGAAAGCUGAACAAAGGUGUUCCCUCGACCUUCCCCAACAUCAAAGCCUUGUACACCGAUCCUGAAAAGAAAUCCAUCAUCGAGGAACUGGUACUCGGAUACACCUCUGAGAAAACGAUGAACGGGUCGACCGAGGGAAAGGUGAAUGGGGAAACAUCGGAGAUUUUCGAAAAGUCUGUCCUAUACUUUCUCGCUCAGCAUUAUAAUUACGCCCUGAGCCGCGACCUUGCGAAAGCCACGGAGUACAUUGAUCGCUUAAUCGAGAUGGACCCGAAAUCCGUCGACUACAACCAGAUCAAGGCUCGGAUAUGGAAGCACUAUGGUGACACAGAGAAAGCAGCGGACACGAUCAAUCAUGCACGGGAACUGGACUUGAAAGACCGGUAUAUCAAUACUAAAUGCGCAAAAUAUCAGCUCCGGAACAACGAGAAUGACAAGGCGUUGGAUACGAUGAGCAAAUUCACCCGCAAUGAGACGGUUGGGGGACCGCUCGGCGAUCUUCACGACAUGCAAUGCAUGUGGUACCUAUUAGAAGAUGGCGAGGCGUACCUCCGGCGGGGCUUGUAUGGUCUCGCACUGAAGCGAUUCACCUCCGUGGCCGACAUUUUUGACACAUGGCAAGAAGAUCAGUUCGAUUUCCACGGCUUUUCAUUACGAAAAGGGCUGAUACGGGCUUACAUUGACAUGGUCAGAUGGGAAGAUCACCUCCGAGAUCACCCCUUCUUCACACGCGCCGCGUUGUCCGCGAUCAAGAUCUACCUGGAACUCUUCGACAACCCGGACCUGGCUCAUACAGGCGGCAGACCCGAAUUAGCCAAGCUCGAUGCGGGGGAACGAAAGAAGGCACAAAGGAAGCUGAAGAAAGAGCAAGAAAAGGCCGAGAAGGCUGAAGCAGACAAGAGAGCGGCCGCUGCCGCGAAGCCAACGGCUGCCGCAUCUGACGGCGAGGCCAAAAAGGAAGACACUGACCCGAAGGGAGAGAAGCUCCUGCAAACCAACGAGCCACUGGAGAAGGUGAUGAGAUACCUCACCCCGCUUCUUGAGCUUAGCCCUCGCAACAUUGAGGCGCAAAACCUUGGCUUCCAAGUAUAUCUCAGACGAAAAAAGCCUCUGCUCGCUUUAAAGUGCCUUGUUGCAGCACAAGCAAUUGAUCCAAUGGAUCCUAAGUGCCAUUAUAAUGCCUUCUUUUUCCAUGCCUUCCUUACCAAGGGGAUUGGCAAGGACUCGCUCAAGGGCGUUACAGCAGAGGCGAUAAAGCAACACUUCGCGAACCCUCCACUCAACGCGGACGCUGCAGCUCUGAAGACCCACAAUGAGAAGUUCCUGGACGAGCACUCUCAAAGCCCGGCUCAUCUGCAGAGUGGAUACAGCGUCCGGUAUCACCUCGAUCCAAACACGAAAUCUCAGAACGAAGCCGAUCUGCAGAAACUGCUCGACCUUCCCGAUAUCACAAUGGAGCAGGGCGCGGAAGGUUUGAAGAUCUUUGACGGGUGGAAGAGCGAUGAGAAAGCCGUGGACGCGUAUCGGGAAGCGGCCGCGAAGAAGUGGCCCGAAGCCACCGCGUUCAAGAAGAAGUCAGGGUGAGGUCUUUCGCUGCUGGGGUGGGUUUGGUGGGGCUAGGGUUGGGGCCAUGUGUGUAUGUGCUUUGCGUUUUCUCUUGUAGAGUAUGCGGCGCGUUGCGCGCUUAGCGAUAUGGGUAGAUGAUGCAUGUGCAUUUGCGAGCGGUGGUGGCAUUUUUAUUGCCGAGGUCGUACUAGGUGUUUACAUCCAACAAAAGUUCGAAUAGAUAUUUGCGAAGGCGUGUUUGUUUUCAGGAUUAGUAGCUCUAAUCGCCAUCGGUGAUCCAACACAAGAAAGACGGGAGGAC